AUGGAAUAAAAAUCUAGCUUUAUGAAUGUUGAGGAAAGAGUUUAUUUCCCUGAAGAGGAACUUAAAAUAUUGAAGUAUUGGAAUGAAAUUAAUGCCUUUCAGAAAUAAUAAGAUUUGACUAAAGACUGCCCUCGGUUUACAAUUUACGAUGGACCACCAUUUGCAAUUGGAUUACCGCAUUAUGGUCAUAUGUGUGCAGGUACAAUCAAAGAUGUUGUGUGUAGAUAUUUUGCGAUGAACGGUAAAUAUGUUGAGAGAAGGUUUGGAUGGGAUUGUCAUGGUUUGCCAGUGGAGCACGAAAUAGACAAGGCUCUUAAUAUUCAAAAAAGAGAAGAUAUCUUGAAUAUGGGAAUUGAUAAGUAUAACCAUCAGUGCAGAUCAAUUGUAUACAAGUAUGCCUCAGAAUGGAGGAGAAUUGUAGAGAGAUCAGGCAGAUGGGUUGAUUUUGAUAAUGAAUAUAAAACUAUGGACACUUCAUAUAUGGAGAGUGUGUGGUGGGUGUUUAAAUAAUUAUGGGAAAAAGGGUUAGUAUAUCGAGGAUGCAAGGUUAUGCCAUAUUCUAAUGGAUGUUCAACAGUUCUAAGCGAUUUUGAAACUUAAUAAAAUUAUAAAGAAGUUUGGGAUCCAGCAAUUGUGAUUAAAUUUCCCUUAGUAAAUGAAGUAAAUACAAGUUUAGUUGCUUGGACAACAACUCCGUGGACUCUACCGUCCAACUUAGCUUUGGCGGUUAAUCCAAAACUUGUUUACAUAAAAGUGUUAGAUAAAGCUACAAAUACUCAUUAUAUCCUAGCAGAAUCUAGAAUUGUAGAGCUCUAUUCAAAGGCUACUCAAUAUGAAAUUGUAAAUAAAGUAUUGGGUAGUUAAUUGGAGGGGAUGGAGUAUGUGCCUCUGUUUAAUUACUUUUUGGAUAGAAGGUAGCAGGGAUGUUUUAAAGUAUUAUUAGCAAACUAUGUAACCGAUCAGGAUGGAACAGGAGUAGUACAUAUUGCACCUGGAUUUGGAGAAGAGGAUUAUAAGUUGAGUUUGAUAGCUGGAAUCAUUACUCACAAAGAUCCAUUAGUACCUAUUGAUUCUGAUGGCAGGUUUUUGGAAUGUGUAACAGAUUUUUCAGGAAUGGAUAUCAAAAGUGCAGAUAAGGAAAUUAGAAGGACUCUGAAACUAAAAUAGAGACUAAUUAAGGAUGGACAAGUUUACCAUAGUUAUCCUUUUUGUUGGAGAUCAUAAACCCCAUUAAUUUAUAAAGCAAUCAGUUGUUGGUUUAUUAAUGUCACAGCCAUUAAAGAUGAGUUGAUUGAUAAUAAUAAAAAAGCUAGAUGGGUACCUAAUGCAAUCAAAGAAGGAAGAUUCAAUGAUUAGAUAGAAUAGGCUCAAGAUUGGUGUUUUAGUAGAAAUAGAUUUUGGGGUAAUCCCAUCCCCAUCUGGGCAAGUGAGGAUUUAGAAGAACUUGUCUGUGUUGGAUCAAUUGAAGAGUUGAAAUAAUUGUCAGGUGUCACAGAUAUUUCAGAUCUUCAUCGAGAAUUCAUAGAUUAGAUAACUAUCCCAAGUAAAUAUGGAAAAGGAGUUUUAAAAAGAAUUGAUGAAGUUUUUGACUGCUGGUUUGAAAGUGGGUCUAUGCCAUUUGCUCAAUAACAUUAUCCUUUUGAGGGAAAAGAUUUAUUUGAAAGCAUCUUUCCUGCUGAUUUCAUUGCUGAAGGGUUAGAUCAAACCAGAGGUUGGUUCUAUACGUUGAAUGUUAUCUCUACGGCUUUACGCAAUGAUACUCCUUAUAAAAAUGUCAUUGUCAAUGGAAUUGUCUUAAAUGAAAAAACGAUAAAAAUGGCUUAGUCUAAGAAAAACUAUCAAAAUCCAGAGGAUGAAAUUAUUAAUGUAUUCGGAGCAGAUGCCAUGAGGCUUUAUUUAAUCAAUAGUGGAUUAGUGAAAGCCUAAACUCUUAACUUUAAUAAAGAAGGUGUUUAAAAUGUUAUUAAAAAAGUAUUCCUACCAUGGUAUAAUGUUUACAGAUUGCUUAUCUAAAAUUUGCAGAGGUAUGAAACCCACUUUGGUAUAUUCAAAUUUGACGACUCAGUUAUUAAUAAAGUCCAAAAUACAAUGGAUAAAUGGAUCGUCUCAUGUAGUCAAGAACUAUUAGAGUUUGUCAGAACUGAGAUGGAAUCAUAUAGAUUAUACACUAUUGUACCAAGGCUUAUUGAAUAUCUUAAUUCAUUAACUAAUUGGUAUGUUAGAUUGAAUAGGAAUAGAAUUAAAGGAGAUCAAGGUAAUCAUGAAUGGCACCUUAGCUUAAAUGUCUUAUUUGAUGUUUUACAUAAAAUUAAUCUUCUUAUGUCUCCAUAUGUGCCUUUCAUUACAGAGACUUUCUAUCAAAAUAUGAGAAAAUGCAUCCCAGAAGGGAAAAAUUAAAUGGAUUCUAUUCAUUUCCUGUAAAUUCCUGAAGUUAGGAGAGAAUUAAUUGAUCCUUAAAUUGCAUAAAAGGUUAAGAUGAUGUAAAUGGUUAUUGAAAAUGCAAGAAAAUUAAGAGAAACUCAUAAAAUUAGUCUGAAAUAACCUGUUAACAGUUUAACUAUUUUAUCAACUGAUGAAAAACUACUUCAAAGCAUCCAAUUACUUUCUAUGUAUAUUGAAGAAGAAAUUAAUACCCCACAAAUUUUUGUUGAAAAAGACUUUGCCCAAUACAUCCAAUAAAAAGCUGAGCCUGAGGUUAAGCUUUGUGGGAAAGAACUAAGGGAAAAAUUUGGUCCAAAUCUUAUUUAAUAAAUUAAAAAUUUUUCGUAAGAUUAAAUUACUUAACUUAUAACAGAAGGUAAGAUCUUAUUAAAAGUACUUGUAAAUGCUAAAAAGUAGGCAUCUGAAAAAUAACUGAUUUAGUAAGAAGGAAAUUUAGCAUAUGAGACAGAAUGUGAAUUAUUACUGAAACAUGUCAAAAUUACAGAGCAAUUUAUCUCAUAAAAACAUCAAAAUCUAUUGUUUACAAAAGAAGAUGGAUACUCAUUAAUCAUCGAUCCCUUUUAAACUCAAUAACUUAAGAAUUUAGGAUUAGCAAGGGAAUUUACUAAUAGAAUUCAAAAACUUAGAAAGAAGGCUCAAUUAAAAUAAGAAGAUUAAGUUAUUAUUUUUUAUUCUUUUGAUAAAGAUUCUCAAUUAUUUAAGGCUUUAGAAAAUCAAAAAGAAUGGAUUUAAAAUUAAAUUAAAAAACCUUUAUAUCCAUUAUAAUAACGAUCUUUUCUAAACUUAGAAAUUGCUUCUGAAAAAACAGAAAUUGAGGAUUAAAUGGUGACUCUUAUUAUUACUACUUAUUCACCUUUAUUUAAUAAACAAAAACUAUAAGAAUAAUUCAAUGAACAAUAGAUAGAUACACUUAUGAGAGUGCUAUCAGAACUAGAAAAUCUACAACCAACAGUUGAAAUUACUCUUGAUGGCUAAAAUAUUUCUCUUGGCCAAAAUCAUUAUACAAUUCCAUGA